AAACGCAGCUGUAUUGUAUAUCACUGCGUGGUCUGAACCGUUUUUUCUUAUAAUAAUAAAAAUAAUAUCGCAAUAUUACUUUUAAUUAUCUUUCUUAUUUAAUUUACACAAGAAAAUGGAGGUGACAGAAGAUAAUUUAGCAACUUUGGCCAAUUAUUUACAGCAAACAUUAAACCCCGAUCCAAAUGUCAGAAGACCCGCUGAGAAAUUCCUUGAGGGUGUCGAGGUGAACCAGAACUAUGCUGUACUGUUGCUGCAUCUUAUAGAGAAGGAAGCUGCAGACAUGACCAUCCGAGUGGCCGCUGCUAUAGCCUUCAAGAACUAUAUAAAAAGGAACUGGCCUGUGGAGUAUGAAGGAGAUAGAAUACAUGAAUCAGAUCGUACAGCAAUAAAAAAUCUCAUAGUAUCACUGAUGUUGAAGUCACCGGAAGCUAUACAGAGACAGUUCAGUGAUGCUGUCUCAAUUAUCGGCAAAUAUGACUUCCCGGAAAAAUGGCCGACUCUCAUACCAGAAAUGGUUGAGAAAUUUGCUACAGGUGAUUUCCACGUCAUCAAUGGUGUACUGAGAACAGCUCAUUCUUUGUUCAAGAGAUACAGAUUUGAAUUCAAAUCACAAAAGCUAUGGGAAGAAAUAAAACAUGUUCUUGAUAAUUUCGCCAAACCGUUAACAGAUUUGUUUAUGGCUACACUAGACUUAGCAACUAAACACGCAGACAACCAGCAAGCGCUACGGGUCAUCUAUGGUUCCCUGGUCCUGAUCUGUAAGGUGUUCUACUCACUGAACUAUCAAGAUUUGCCAGAGUUCUUCGAAGACAGCAUGCCUAUAUGGAUGCCAAAUCUGUUAAACCUUUUGCAAGUCAAAGUACCUUGCUUGGAGACUAGUGAUGAGGACGAGAACCCUGGCGUUCUGGAACAACUUCGUACAGAGGUCUGUGAGUGCGCAGCGCUGUAUGCCCUCAAAUAUGAAGAAGAGUUCGGCCCACACGCACAAUCCUUCGUCACUGCGGUCUGGACUGUACUACUGUCUACUGGCCCUCAACCUAAAUAUGAUGCUUUAGUGUCCAAUGCACUCACAUUCUUGGCGAAGAUUGCAGAGAAAAAUAGUUAUAAAAGCUUAUUUGAGGAUCCUGCCACAUUGAGUAGUAUAUGCGAGAAGGUUGUCAUACCCAACUUGGAAUUUAGAGAGUCGGACAUGGAGCUGUUCGAAGACAACCCUGAAGAGUACGUACGACGAGAUAUCGAAGGUUCAGACGUGGACACCCGCCGACGGUCUACCUGCGACCUGGUGCGCACACUUGCCGUCCACUACGAGGAGAAGAUUAUGAACAUCUUCGGACAAUACGUGCAGGUGAUGCUGACGCGGUACGGGGAGAGCGGCGCGGAGGCGUGGCGAGGCAAGGACGCGGCCAUGUACCUGGUGACGUCACUGGCCGCACGGGGCUCCACGCAGGCGGCCGGGGUGACGCGCGCCUCGCCGCUGGUGGACCUGGCGCAGUUCGCCGCGCACCACGCGCUGCCCGAGCUGCAGCGGCCAGACGUCAACGAACUACCGGUGCUGAAAGCGGACGCAAUUAAAUACAUAAUGACGUUCCGUACGCUGCUGCCGAAAGACCUAAUCAUCAGUACGGUACCAUUAUUGGUGCGACACGUGGGUGUGGGCGGCGUGGUGGGCACGUACGCGGCGUGCUGCGCUGAGAAGCUGAUCGCAGGCGGCAUGGUGCCGGCCGCCGCGCUGCAGCCGCACGCCCGGUCGCUGCUGGCGGCGCUGUUCACGUCGCUGAGAGACGGCAGCGACCCCGCCGCGCACAACGAGUACGUCAUGAAAGCAAUUCUACGCACGUUAUCGUGUCUGCAAGAUGCAGCACUCGAGUAUUUAGGCGAUGCGUUGCCCAAACUGGCCCAGAUGUUAUCUAUCGUCGCCAAGAAUCCAAGCAAACCGCACUUCAACCACUACCUCUUCGAGACUCUGUCAUUAUCAGUAACGUUGGUAACAAAAGCAAAUCCGAGUGCUAUAUCGGCGUUUGAAGACGCGUUGUUCCCGAUAUUCCAGGAGAUAUUACAGAAUGACGUGCAAGAGUUCAUGCCGUACGUGUUCCAAAUGCUGUCGCUGCUGCUGGAGCUGCGUGGAGGCGGCGGGGCGGAUGCCAACGAUCCGUACUGCGUGCUGCUGCCGUGCCUGGUGGCGCCGGCGCUGUGGCAGCGACCUGCCAACGUGCGACCGCUGGUUCGACUCCUGUGCGCCUUCAUAGCCGCGCGGCCCGACGCAGUACUGCAGUCGGGCAGACUGAAUGCAAUACUAGGAGUGUUCCAAAAACUAAUAGCUUCGAAGACGAAUGAUCAUGAAGGCUUCUAUCUCAUACAGACGAUGUUUUUCAAGUUUGGAGAGCAAGUGAUGCAGCCGUAUACAAAACAGAUAAUAACGUUGCUGUUCCAACGGCUCUCGUCUUCAAAGACCACCAAGUACGUGCGGGGACUGAUUGCUUUCCUUGGCUUCUAUGCGGCACAUUUUGGCGCUGAAUCACUUAUAGACGUGAUUGAGUCUGUACAAACCAACAUGUUCGCGAUGUACAUGGAACGAGUGCUGAUCGCUGACCUGCAGAAAGUCAGUGGCACCCUGGAACGCAAGGCGGCCGCCGUCGGCUGCGUGAAGCUGCUCACGUCGCAGCGACUGAGGGAGCCGCCGCUUGACGCGCUGUGGCCACCGCUCAUGCAGGCGCUGAUAUCCCUGUUCGAGCUGCCGCCGGACGAGUCGUCGCUGCCGGAUGACCACUUCAUCGAGGUGGAUGACACUCCCGGGUAUCAAGCGCAGUAUUCGCAGCUGGCAUGCGCGCGCGGCGCCUCCAAUGACCCACUAGCCAGUAUCGAGGACCCUAAACGAUACCUAGCGGAAAGUCUCGGGACCAUGGCACGUGCUGCCGCCGGCGUACUCCCGCCCAGAAUAGCCGCCAUCGACGAACCUCACCGCGUCGCCCUAUACACCUACCUAACAGUCUACAGCGUGCAGAUAUGUUGACCGAACUCAGUACGCACCAGCUCCAACUAGAUAUACCUUUUUUACUCAACUUCCGUAUUUACUAAUACCAUAAAUGUUAAUGUAACUCUAUCCACUGAAUAAAUAAUAAAUGUUAGUAUAGAGACGGAUUUCCGAACUAUAGUCUUGUUUUUUAAUCUCAAAGACUCAAUUGACAGGUGUAAAUGUCAAACUUUCAAAUAAUGUUA